AUGGACCCACUUCCACCACCAAAUUCAAGUUCCACAUACUACAGUAACAGUGGCACUCCAAAUGGCAGUCAUUACAACUCUGCAUCGUCAACGAAUGGCGAUGGCGUCAAAUAUCACGAUUCACCUAGCAACAGAAGUCCCGUCAGAGAUAGAGAAAGAAGAUCAGAGUACACACCUGAUAAAACAAACAACAGACUUGCAAAUACUGCUCCACCUGGAAGAGUGUUGGGUGUAUUUGGAUUGAGUCCACAAACCAGAAGAGAAGAUCUUAUCAAGGAAUUCCAAAGAUUCGGUGAUGUGGAAAAGGUUAGCUUAAUUAUGGACAGGAAGACACAACGCUCCAAAUGCUUUGCCUUUGUAUAUUUUUAUGAAAAAGACCACGCCAUAAAAGCUAAAGUUGAGUGCCAGAAUUUGGAGCUCGAUGGCAAAAUGAUCAGGACCGAUUACUCUGCUUCGGAACGGGCACAUGAUCCUACUCCUGGAAAGUACCAUGGUGAAAGCAGAUUCUCACCCUACUCUGGAAGAGACAGAGACAGAGAUCGUGACUAUGACCGAUAUGAUAAUAGAGACAGAGAUAGAGAUCGUGACAGAGAUAGUGGCAGAGAUAGAGACAGAGGAUAUGGAAGUAGCAGAUCCUAUCGUGACGGUGACCGAGAUAGAGAGAGAAACAGAGAGACCGGAAGAGACAGAGACAGAGGAUACUCAAUGAGCAGCAGUAGCUAUGGCAAUGGAAGUGAUGACCAAUACAGUAGCAGCAGAAGAUAUAACAACGAUAAAUAUUCAUCAUCUUCCUCUUCCUCCUCCUCUUACCGUGAUGAUAAAUACUCAUCAACUUCUUCGUCCUAUCGUGAUGACAAGUCUUACGACAGUGGAAGAAGAGACUACGAUGAUGCACCAAGAAGUAGUUCCUACAGUGAUAGCAGAUUAAAUGACUAUAGUUCUAGCAAAAAAGUUGAGCAAAAGAAUGAACUUUAUUUUGAAAACCAGAUUUUUGGUAUAAGAUAUGAAAAUGAUCUUAACACUCUUGAAUAA